AUGGUGAAGAAGAUAUCAGAGGAGAGUGUAGACAGUGGUGUUGGGCGCUGCAGCAGCCAGUCUGGCAGCGAGCGCGAGUCUGACGAGGGCGCGCGAUGCGCAGAGCCGUCCGCGCCGGUCGCGAUCCCAGACAGCGAGGAAAUGCAGCGACGCAAGGAAGAGGCGCGCAGGAAGCGCCGCAGGAAGAAACGCUCCGGCAGCUCCGUCGUCACCUCGUGCUUCCAAGACCUGUACAAGCUGACAGGCGAGGUGCUAGGUGAAGGCGCGUACGCGUCAGUACAAACGUGCGUGAACAUCUACACGGGGCGCGAGUUCGCAGUUAAGAUAAUAGACAAGGUGCCAGGACACGCCCGGGCGAGGGUGUUCCGCGAGGUGGAGACCUUCCACUAUUGUCAGGGACACCCCAACAUAAUCCAGCUCAUUGAAUUUUUUGAGGACACCGACAAGUUCUAUCUUGUCUUUGAGAAGAUCAACGGCGGCCAGCUCCUAUCUCGCAUCCAGGAGCAUCACUACUUCUCCGAGCCGCAGGCGGCUGAAAUAGUGCGCGAGAUCGCUAACGCCCUUCAUUUCUUGCACGGCAAGGGCGUGGCACAUCGCGACCUUAAGCCCGAGAACAUUCUAUGCGUGCAUCGUGAUCGCCUGUGCCCCGUCAAGAUCUGUGACUUCGACCUGGGUAGCGGCAUCAGCUUCACCUCCAGUUUGGCCAGCCCACUCGCCACGCCGCAGCUCAUGACACCGGUGGGCAGCGCGGAGUUCAUGGCCCCCGAGGUGGUGUCGCUGUUCGCCGGGUCGGCGGCGACGCACUACGACAAGCGCUGCGACCUGUGGUCGCUGGGCGUGAUCGCGUACAUCCUGCUGUGCGGCUACCCGCCCUUCCGCGCCGACUGCGGCAACGACUGCGGCUGGGAGCGCGGCGAGAACUGCCGCGCCUGCCAGGAGCUGCUCUUCACCACCAUACAGGAGGGACGAUACUCGUUUCCGGAAGAGGAGUGGGCUCACAUUUCGUGGGAGGCAAAGGAGCUGAUAGGGCAGCUACUGGUGCGCGAGGCGUCGCACCGGCUGAGCGCCGAGCGCGUGCUGCAGCACCCCUGGCUGCGCCGCGCGCACCCCGCGCCCGCCGCCGGUGCCGGUGCUCCGCUCCGCACGCCCACCAAUAUGCAGCGUAACAUGUCGGCACGCAAUCUGUCCAACUUUGCGGAAUCUGCGAUGGCAGUGAACCGGGUUAUUCAACAGCACUUUUCCAUGAAUUAUUCUUACAUGGAACGACCUACUGCAGCGCUUCGCUCCAGCAAAUCUUGCCACCCUAGCCCAGAUAUCAUUGAAGAUGAACUCGAGAGAGCUGGUGUGGCCUUGCGAAGAAUGUGUGCUGAUGACUACUGCCCGCCGCUGGGCCUCUCCCCGCCCACAGAAUCCCAGCUGCUGCGACGUCGUCUACAACAGCCGACGGAAAAAUCUGUGCAAGUGCAUUAG